GCCGCCGCCGGCCCCGUGCCCGCCCCGCGCCGCGUGAGGACCGGAGCGCACUGCACGCGCCGAGGCCGCUCCCCGCCCGCCAGUCCGCCCGUCGGCCCGUCAGCCCGUCCGUCCGCGCGCGGCGGGGCGGAGCGCGGGCGCGCGUGCAUGGAUCCGCGCGUGGCCUGGAUCCAGCCCGAGCAGAAGGGCCCGGCCAAUGCGCUGUGGAUGCAGAUCUGGGAGACCUCGCAGGGCGUGGGCCGCGGCGGCGCGGGCUUCGCGUCCUACUUCUGCCUCAACUCGCCGGCGCUGGACCCGGCGGCUGCGGGCUCGGCCGGGCGGCGCGCGGGAGCGGGGCGCGGAGCGGAGCGCGGAGGCCCGGGGGCCGGGUCCGGGCCCGCGCCGCCCGGCCCCGCCGCGCCGCCUCCCGUGCUGCUCUCCGCGCUCGGGCCCGCGGCCGAGGGCGCGCGCCGCCUGCACAAGUCGCCGUCGCUGUCGUCGUCGUCCUCGUCGUCCUCGUCCAACGCCGAGUCGGGUACCGAGAGCCCUGGCUGCUCCUCGUCGUCGUCCAGCGGCGCCUCGAACGGCCGGGCCGGAGGCGGCGGCGGCGGCGGCAGCAGCAGCGCCUUCUUCAGCUUCGCCGACGGCAUCCCCGGGCCGCGCGCCCCCGCGCCCGCCGGCUCCCCGCCGACGCCCCCGCUGCAGCACCAGUUCCACCCUGGCCGGCGGAAACGCGAGAACAAGGCCAGCACCUACGGCCUCAACUACCUGCUGUCCGGCAGCCGCGCUGCCACUCUGGACGGAGGGGGCCCCGAGGCCCAGGCGCCGCGGCCCGGCACGCCGUGGAAGAGCCGCGCGUACAGCCCGGGCAUCCAGGGCCUUCACGAGGAGAUCAUUGACUUUUAUAACUUCAUGUCCCCCUGUCCUGAGGAAGCAGCCAUGAGGAGGGAGGUGGUGACGCGGAUCGAGACCGUGGUGAAGGACCUGUGGCCUACGGCUGACGUGCAGAUAUUCGGCAGCUUCAGCACAGGUCUCUACCUUCCCACCAGUGACAUAGAUCUGGUGGUCUUUGGAAAAUGGGAGCGGCCUCCUCUGCAGCUGCUGGAGCAAGCUCUGCGCAAGCACAACGUGGCAGAGCCGUGCUCCAUCAAAGUCCUUGACAAGGCCACGGUCCCCAUCAUAAAGCUCACAGAUCAGGAGACUGAAGUUAAAGUCGAUAUCAGCUUUAACAUGGAGACUGGCGUCCGGGCGGCGGAGUUCAUCAAGAACUAUAUGAAGAAAUAUUCACUGCUGCCGUACUUGAUUUUAGUAUUGAAACAGUUCCUUCUGCAGAGGGACCUGAAUGAGGUUUUUACAGGUGGAAUUAGCUCAUACAGCCUCAUUUUAAUGGCCAUCAGCUUUCUCCAGUUGCACCCAAGAAUUGAUGCCCGGAGAGCUGAUGAAAACCUUGGGAUGCUUCUUGUAGAAUUUUUUGAACUAUAUGGAAGAAAUUUUAAUUACUUGAAAACUGGUAUUAGAAUAAAAGAAGGAGGUGCCUAUAUCGCCAAAGAAGAGAUCAUGAAAGCCAUGACCAGCGGGUACAGACCGUCCAUGUUGUGCAUCGAAGAUCCGCUGCUGCCUGGAAACGACGUUGGCCGGAGCUCCUACGGGGCCAUGCAAGUGAAGCAGGUGUUCGACUAUGCCUACAUUGUUCUCAGCCACGCCGUGUCCCCGCUUGCCAGGUCCUACCCAAACAGAGACUCGGAAAGUACUUUAGGAAGAAUCAUCAAGGUGACUCAGGAAGUGAUUGACUACCGGAGGUGGAUCAAGGAGAAGUGGGGCAACAGAGUCCACCCGCUGCCGGAUCUGGACAAUAGGAUUAAGAUCAAAGAGCGCGUGUCCCCGUGUGAUGGAGAGCAGCCGCAGAGCCGGGAGCCUGGGUCACCCUACAGCGAGCGCCUGACCUUGUCCCUGUCCAGUCCCCAGCUGCUCUCUUCUGGCUCGUCUGCAUCCUCUGUGUCUUCACUGUCUGGAAGUGACAUCGAUUCGGACACAGCACCCUGCACCACGCCCAGCGUGUAUCAGUUCAGCCUGCAGGCACCCGCGACUCUGGUGGCCAGCCUGCCUGCCGCCCUGCCCUUGGCCAGCAGCAAGCCUCAGUCCACUCCCUCCCGCACACUGAUCAUGACGACCAACAAUCAGACCAGGUUCACCAUCCCUCCUCCCACCCUCGGGGUCGCCCCUGUCCCUUGCAGACAGCCUGGUGUGGAAGGAACUUCGACCUUGAAAGCUGUGCAUCACAUGUCCUCCCCUGCCAUCCCCUCAGCGUCCCCCAACCCACUGUCCAGCCCUCACCUGUACCAUAAGCAGCACAAUGGCAUGAAGCUGUCCAUGAAAGGAUCCCAUGGCCACACACAGGGCGGCAGCUACAGUUCGGUGGGCAGUGGAGGUGUGCGGCCCCCUGUGGGCAGCCGGGGCCACCAGCAGUACAAUCGCACUGGCUGGCGGAGGAAGAAACACGCACACUCCAGGGACAGCCUGCCCGUGAGUCUCAGCAGGUGAUGGCGCCCGCGCCCGAGACCAGCACUCAGCACCCGUGGCCAUAGCGCCCGCCGGUCACUCUGCAUGCUCCUCUGUGGUGGUCGCGUCCAUCUCCAGCAAGCAGCUCCUCGUGCUCAUCUGUGAAGCCUUACGCCGUGGACAAGCCUGGCCUCCUGGAGUCUGUGUUCCUGGGUGGGCGGCCCUGCCGAAGACAGGAACGUGGUCGCCUGCUGGUUUGCUGCAGCCCUCCUGGCUGCUCCUCGUCGGCAGGAGUCUGUAUUUCCUGUGGUCAGAGGAGGCAGGAGUGGAGGCCGUCGUGUUACUGCCCUUGCAUUUUGUUUGAGACUUCAGAACUGUUUUUCUAUGUAAAUAUCGAAAACUUAUGAUUUGUGCAAUAAUCAGAUAUUUUUAUUUAAUUUCAUAUUUUCACAUAAGUUAUAUUUAAGGGAGGAGGGAUUUUUUUUAAACAAGCUUAGAUCCUUUCCCAAGCUGCAUUUUCUAAGUUGGGUUCACUGUGUUGCUGGCUGUCCCAUGAGCAUCAUGAACACCGUGACGCGAGGGGUUGGGGUUUCAUUUGCUGUCUUUUGUUUUGGUCAGAGGCCAGCAAGAGGGGCCGUGUUCCUGGCAGUGCUGGGUGGGGUUCAUUGGGCCUGGGGCCCCUGCCCACCAGUCCUGCCUUGGGCCGCAAGCCAUCGGCCCGCUCUAACCACAAGUUUUAGCGUUUUGGUUUUGGUUCUUUAGACAACAAAUCCAGCAUUUAAAGUGCCAGAAGUAUCACUUUCUAGGGGAAGAGGCGGUCACAUCAGAAACCCUUCAGAGCAGUGUGACCCUGGGGAGGCCUCGUCAGUCUCGGUGGCAUGGCCUGUAGUGACGGCUGCGGCAUCGUUACAGACAAUGGCCCCCAGUUUCGGGAAUGUGGAGAAAGGAAUUCGUUGAUUCCGUGGAGGAAUCUGCAUAGCAGUAUGCAUUCGUUCUGUAAGAGCGGAUACGAGAAGCGCCUGGCUGCCAGCGCCUGCCCUGAUGCCCGGCAUGGAAGCAUCUCCGAGCGUCCAGGUGGAACACACAGGUGUGCUGCACAGGUGUGGCCUGCCACCACCACCACUGUCUCUGUUACCUUUCUUGAUCGAGAAUAUCUCCGCCCUGCCCACCUGAGUUUGCAGAAUGCGGCAGCUAUUGGAGAGUUGGCUGUGUCAUGUCAGCCUGACUCCUCGAUUUGCAGGGACUUUGGGUCAGGCCCAGCCUGAAGCCCGUGUGGGGACUGUCUGGUGAGAAGCACACCAUGCCGCCCUUGGGUGAUGAGUCCCAGGCCGGUGUCUGUGGGUGAUGGACGGGUGAGGACACGCUCCCAUGUCAGAUGCACAAGCGGGCCAUGGGCAGGCUGCGGACCGUGUGUGGGCGAGGGGUGGCCAGGGCAUCACGGCACAGGUGUCUGCAGUCUGUGGCGAUUGGAAUCUCAAAAUAUUUAAAAUAUUUAAAUUAUGAACCUGUUGAUAAAGAGUAUUUAUGAGCACCGAUCUGUAGGCACGUACUAAUCUCUACACGUUAGCAAUACUGACUGAACCUACAUAAGGGCCCCACUGAGAGGACGGGGCCGGCAGGUGCGAGCUCCGCUCCGGUCCGGUUCGGCCCGGCCCUGCCCUGCCCAGCCCAGCCUGACCAGCGAGUGCAGGUGCUGCCGUCCCCGAGGUGAGCAAUGUGCUGGCCUGGCAGUCUCCGUGGGCGUCCGCCACAGGGUUAGCAAAGAGACACCGCGUUUAGAUUUUCUGGUGCGCAGACAACGAUGUGGAAGCUAAAAUUGACGUAUUUUUAUGUAAAGUUUUCUAUUCUUUGAUUUUUAAUAAACUUUGGAAAGCA